AGUUGGCUCAAACAGCUCCCCGCCACACGCUCCAACACCUCCAUUUGAGCCAUGCGUGCCAUUCUCCUUGCCGUGCUGGCCCUGCCCGCUGUGGCUUAUGUGACCCCGGGCACUACGCCUGAGAGACAUACGGCUCCAGAGGUGUUUGCUGCAGCACGUGACAUGCCGCAAGUGCAGUUGGAGGCAGAGGAGAACAGCAUUGGAGCAUUGGUGGCGGGCGGCUUUGGCUUGGGCGCGCUGCUGGGCUGGAUGAACUCCCGGAAGCAGCAGCUCGCCUCCAGCGCCGCAGCCGUGGCUGUGGCGUUGCCAGGUGCUGCCAACGCCAUGGUGGACUAUGACAACAUCCAGUACUUGGGCGGCUCUGACAAGGUCGACAUCAACAACGCCAACAUCCAGGCCUAUCGUCAGUUCCCCGGGAUGUUCCCCACCAUCGCGGGCCUCAUCGGCACGCAUGGCCCCUACAAGCAGGUCUCCGACAUCUACAACAUCCCGGGAAUGGAAGACAAGCUCAAGAACAUCGUCAAGAAGUAUGAGGGCAACCUGGUGUGCUUGCCAGCGAACCCAGCCUACUUCAUCGACCGCAUCAACAAUGGAAACUACCGCUAGAUGCAGCUGGGGCCCAUCCCCACGGCAGCUGCACGGCCAUCCCCAGCCGUGCAUGGAAGCACCAUGCCCAGCGGAGCUUCGUGGCUUUUUUUUCGCAA